AUGCCUUCACUAGGGAAGAGCCUAGCUCCCAAAGACCAAGCGAUUCAAUAUGGUCGCAAGGCUUUAGCAUACUGGUCAAGAUGGAACGAGCUAGGUAUCCGCGGAGGGGUCCUAUACAAGAAAUGGUUCCCGAAGGUUGACUCGCGGCCAAUCUUGCAGACGAUGGUCCCAGCAGCGGGACGAAGGGAGAUCCUGAACCAGCUUUACUUAUCCCAGACCAGUGGUGGACACUUUGCGGUAGAGAAGACGCUAGCCCGGAUCCGCCAGCGGUUCUGGUGGCCCACAAUGAGGACUUAUGUGGAAAAGAAGGUUCAGUGGUGCCUCACCUGUGCAGCCCGAAGCACCGGUGGGAAAAAAAGGGUGGCUGGCUUGAUCCCUUUUAAAAUGGGAAUUCGAUUCACCACUGUUGCAGCGGACAUUCUCGGACCAGUAACGUUAGCCACACGGACGCGGGUGAAGCACGUCUUAGUCAUGACCGACUUGUUCACCAAAUAUGCGGUCGCGGUACCCCCAGUGUCAACGGACUCUGCGGAAGUGGCACGGGAGAUAGUAGAACAUUGGGUACUGAAGUUUGGAGCACCGAAUGUGCGGCAUACGAUCAGGUACCCGAUUGACUUGUUUUAUCCGAAGCCACACGAUGAAGUGCACACCCAAGAUGGCUUUGUGGAGUGCUUGGACGAGCAGUUCCGCAAUGCCCACAGCAGCGCUCGGGAGCUUCUGGGGACAAAUCAGCGCCGACAAAAGGAUCAGUAUAGAAAGAAGGUCCACGGCUAUCCUUACGAGAUAUGCGACAAGGUGACUACCCCCAACAAGGUACGGUUCUUGCACUUCAACAUGCUGAAGCGAUUCAAAGAAGAGACGGCACAGUCAGAUGAGGCUACUAGCAGCAAGCGACGGACACCCUAUCGGUCGGUUAACUUCUUCGAUGACCCGGAGAUGUAUAUUGAAGAUGAGUUGUUAAGGGUGAACAACGGGGAGGGUUUUAGUCAUGACCCAGGCCCACGAGAUGUACCAGUGAGAUUGUUGCCUGUGAGAAAUUGA